AUGCACGGUCUCGAAAUCCCCAACGACGCCUUCUGUAGCAUCUCUGUCCAAGAACUCGUCACCACGCACAGUUCACCUGCCCCGAGUCCCGUGCACCCGGCCCUCAUCCUACAGAAGAGAUCUGUACCGCCAGACCUUGUUGCGCCGGUUUUGUACUCUGGCACCAAUUCGGCUCCUUGGACCAGAGAACUCCCUCAGCCACCGCCGCCACCGCCACCGAGUGAUAAUCCCAUUCACCUCUCUCUCAGCUUAGGUGCCAAGCUGGGAUCUGGGCCAUACGGCGUCGUAUAUGAGGUCACUCCUCUCCAGCGCGACGAAGGGACACACAAAAUGCCCAAGCUCGUCGUUAAGAUCGCCAGAUGGUCCUGCGCGGCAUUACUGGCCAGGGAGGCCUGGUUUUAUAACGAGUUGCAUUCACUCCAGGGGUCCGUCGUACCGAAAUGCUACGGUUUAUACGACUGCGUGCUGCAACCAGGCUUCGAGGUGUCGGUCUUAGGCGAUCGUCAAGAUGUUUCGCCUGACUGGUGGCGAUACGAUAUUCACGCGCGGCGCUCGAUAGGAGAUAGAGUGAUGGGAAGCUUGCCCUUGCAUGACGAGCUUCGCCGGUUACGAGACUCGACCGACUGCCUCUCCAUCUUGUUACUGGAGAGGGUGGGUUGUCCCAUCAAUAUCGGCCUCGACGGUAUAACUGCAGAGGCUGUGUGUGACGAUCUCGCACGUCUCUUCGAAGACGUUACCAAUCUGGGAGUCAACUUGCUUCCCCUCGAAUCUGAGAACAUAGCGCACAAGCACGAUGACACGCCCGUCCGGAUCUCACCUUAUCGAGAGCAUGAACACCGAUUCCGCAUAUUCGACUUGGGUUGUGCCGUGAAGACCAACAUGGCCCAGCGUUGGCUCCACGGUGCCUACCUUUGCAAUGUCAGGGCGAUCUCCAGGGAUCUAAGUUACGGCAACGACGAUGAGGAAGACGAAGACUCUAAUGAGCUCAUAGAGGACGAUGGCGCAUCUGACUCGGAGUCCCAGCCACCCUGGCAGGCUCGACCUUGUUCCCGGAGAGAGCAGUAG